AUGACCCGAGAAACAUUAAUUUAUUACCUAUCGGAACACCCUGAGAUCGUCAAUUUCAGGUGGAGUCAUACCCAAUCAUGGGGCUCCACGUGGUCUUUCCUUUUCACUUCCAUCUUCACCUACGUUUUCCUUUCCCUUCUCCUGCACCUCCUCCUCCUCCCACGGCGGCGUCCGGUGCCGUUGGGACCCAUUCCGGCGUUGCACUCCCUUUUCAUGGCGUUAAUCUCCGUCACCAUCUUCACCGGCAUCCUUUUCUCGGCGGCUGCGGAGAUCCGUGAUACGCGAUGGUUCUGGCGACGAACCAAAACCACACCUUUUCAAUGGUUCUUAUGCUUUCCGUUAGGCACGCGUCCAUCGGGUCGGGUUUUUUUCUGGUCGUAUAUCUUUUACUUGACCCGUUUCCUCCACACGCUCCGAACGUUUUUCGCCAUCCUCCGCCGCCGGAGCCUCUCAUUCUUCCGCCUCUUCAACCACUCCAUCCUCAUCCUCAUGUCGUUUCUCUGGCUCGAAUUCUCGCAAUCGUUUCAAAUCGUCGGAAUUUUGAUGACGACGUCCAUCUACGCCGUCGUCUACGGCUACCGAUUCUGGACCGCGAUCGGACUCCGGAGCGCUUGUUUUCCGUUCGUUAUCAAUUGCCAGAUGGCUUUACUGGCGUCCAAUCUCAUUUGCCAUGUCGGAGUUCUUCUUCUCCAUUUGAAGAAAGGUGGGUGUAAUGGAAUUGGAGCAUGGUGGAUCAAUUCGGUGCUCAACGCUGCAAUUUUGCUACUUUUUUUGAAUUUCUACGUGAAUAGCCACCUGAAGGAGCGGAGGAAGAACCCAUCACCGUCGCCGGAACCCCAUGAUCACGGCGCUGCAAAAGGUAAUGCUGUUCCCGCCACCGUGGAAGCCGAUCUUAUUGGUCGGGGCGACACCAAAGACAAAGACAUCUAA